GGGGGCAGUUGGGGGCGGAUGCUGCCCGUGCUGGACGCCGGCCUCGGGAGAGUCAGAUCCGCCCGCCGGGAGGAGGAGGCUCAGCCGGGGUAAGUGGGGAUGAGGGUGUCCCCCACCUGAAGAGGACGGGUUGGGUCCCAAGCUAUGCUCCUGAGCUGAGUGCCUGAAGCCAGCCUGAGGGACUCCAUGGCGCCUCCUCUCCCCAUGGAGAAAGGACUCACUUUGCCUCAGGAUUGCCGGGACCUUGUACACAGCCUGAAGAUUCGAGGCAGAUAUGUCCUGUUCCUGGCAUUUGUCGUCAUAGUUUUCAUCUUCAUUGAAAAGGAAAAUAAAAUCAUAUCCAGGGUCUCCGACAAGCUAAAGCAAAUCCCUCAAUUUGUGUCCGACGCCAACAGCACCGACUCAGCCCUGCUCUUGUCGGAAAAUGCAUCUCUCCUGUCCCUGAGUGAGUUGGAUUCCACCUUCUCCCAUCUGCGGAGUCGCCUGCACAAUCUGAGCCUGCAGCUGGGCAUGGAGCCAGCAAUGGAGGCCCACGGCCGGGAGGCUGUGGCAGAGAAGCCAUCCCAGCAGGCUGGAGCAGGGACCCGGAGGCACGUGCUCCUCAUGGCUACCACCCGCACGGGCUCCUCAUUUGUAGGCGAGUUCUUCAACCAGCAGGGCAAUAUCUUCUACCUCUUCGAGCCACUGUGGCACAUCGAGCGCACCGUGUCCUUUCAGCAGGGAGGCGCCAGCGCGGCGGGCUCAGCGUUGGUCUACCGCGAUGUCCUCAAGCAGCUGUUGCUGUGUGACCUGUAUGUGCUGGAGCCCUUCAUCAAUCCUCCGCCCGAGGACCACUUGACUCAGUUCCUGUUCCGCCGGGGAUCCAGCCGCUCGCUCUGCGAGGAUCCGGUGUGCACACCCUUCGUCAAGAAGGUCUUCGAGAAGUUCCACUGCAGGAACCGUCGCUGUGGUCCACUCAACGUGACCUUGGCGGCCGAGGCCUGCCGCCGCAAGGACCACAUGGCCCUCAAGGCGGUGCGCAUCCGUCAGCUGGAGUUCCUGCAGCCGCUGGCUGAGGACCCAAGGCUAGACCUGCGAGUCAUCCAGUUGGUGCGCGACCCCCGGGCCGUGCUGGCUUCACGCAUAGUGGCCUUCAGGAGCAAGUAUGAGAGCUGGAAGAAGUGGCUGUCCGAGGGGCAGGACCAGCUGAGCAAGGAUGAGGUGCAGCGGUUGCGGGGCAACUGUGAGAGCAUCCGCCUGUCUGCAGAGCUGGGUCUGAGGCAGCCAGCCUGGCUGCGCGGUCGCUACAUGCUGGUGCGCUACGAGGAUGUGGCACGCAGGCCACUCGAGAAGGCCCGAGAAAUGUACAGCUUCGCGGGUAUCCCCUUGACCCCGCAGGUGGAGGACUGGAUCCAGAAGAACACGCAGGCGGCACGCGACAGCAGCGACGUCUACUCCACUCAGAAGAACUCCUCGGAGCAGUUUGAGAAGUGGCGCUUCAGCAUGCCCUUCAAGCUCGCGCAGGUGGUGCAGAAUGCCUGCGCCCCGGCCAUGCACCUCUUUGGAUACAAGUUGGCCAGGGAUGCCGACUCACUCACCAACCGCUCCAUCAGCCUCCUGGAGGAGCGGGGUACCUUCUGGGUCACGUAGUGGGGGGUGUCCAGGACCCUUGGAACCCCUUCUCAUGAAAAGCUGGCCCUGCUUCCCUCACACCUAGCCUGGCAGUGAGACACAGCCCUGGCAGAGAGUCAAAAUGGGGCACGGUGGUGAGAGUGUAGCCCCUGGCUGUAGUGGUAGGCCCCCUGCCAGCUAGAUUCCCCAGCGCAGCUACAGCUAGAGCCUUGGGGCUCCUCUGAGAAUAGCAGCACCCUGUCUUUAUAGGGGUACUGCUCACAAGGUGAGGACACCUUAUGACCUGCAGUGUUCCAAGCAGGCCCAAGUAGGUUCCUGUAUGUGGACACACCUCCCUGGCUCUUUCUCUUUCUGUCACAUAAACUAUACACGGAGCACAUAAAGGCCUGUAGGCUGUGUGGGCCAGCGUCCAAGUAUUAACAACCAGCAGGGGCUUAGGCCCUCUGCAGUCACUCAGACCUCCUACUGUAUCAAGUGUUAACCUCUUCCACUCUGAGUCAGGGAAGCCCGGGAUCUGGCUGAGCCCUUGGAAGGAGGAGGACAGCCUAGGGUGGGGAAGACGGAAUUUGAAGCUCCUCAGGGAACAAUAGCUGUUUGCCAGCUGAUAGAAAAUGGUUUGAUUAGCAGUUCUUGUCCUGAGCAUCAGCCUGUGUAGAGCAAGACACUCAAAGUGCAUAUAAAACAGACAAGACUGGGGGGGCGGGGAGUGUGGCUCAGUGGUAAAGCCCUCGCCUCUCAUGCCCAGGGCCCUGGGUGUGAUUCUCAGCACUAUAAAUAGAAGGGGAAAUAAGACAUACAUAUGUGUGUAGCACAGAGAGGGACAGAAAAGUGUAAUAAACACAUUCCCCCCAUAAACACACUAUUCUCUCUCUCUCUCUCUCUCUCUCUCUCUCUCUCUCUCUCUCUCACACACACACACACACACACACACACACACGUAUACCACAUACA